ACAGGCACAGACAGUGACUGGAUCAGAAAGAACCUCUCACUGAGAGAGAGAGAGAGAGAGAGAGAGAUGGAGGGAGUGGAGCACCGGAUGGUGAGAGGGAUAGGCGGCUACAUCCACUUGGCCGUAAAAGGACCCGAUGACGGCGCCGUCGUGCUCCUCAUCCACGGCUUCCCGGAGCUGUGGUACUCAUGGCGGCACCAGAUCUCCGGCCUCGCGGCCCUCGGCUUCCGCGCCGUGGCUCUGGACCUCCGUGGCUACGGUGACUCCCAGGCGCCGCCGGAGAUCUCCUCCUACUCCGCCAUGCAGGUCGUCGGAGAUCUGGUGGCCGUCAUCUCCGCCGUAACCGCCUCCGAUGACGAGAAGGUCUUCGUCGUCGGUCACGAUUGGGGCGCUGUAAUGGCUUGGUAUCUGUGUCUCUUUAGGCCCGAUAAAGUGAAAGCUCUGGUCAAUCUCAGUGUGCCGUUCACUUUAAAGCCGACGGAUCCAUCGCCGGCGGUCAAGCCUGUUGAAAUGUUGCGCGCGUUCUACGGCGACGAUUACUACAUAUCCAGAUUUCAGGAACCUGGAGCCAUAGAAGCAGAGUUUGCGGAAGUUGGGACCGAAAGAGUACUGAAGAGGUUUUUCACGUUCCGUACGCCCGGCCCGCUUAUUAUCCCAGAGGAUAAAAGCUUUUGGGGUCAUCCGGACACUCCGAUCCCUCUACCGUCCUGGCUAUCGGAGGAAGAUGUUCGAUAUUACGUGAGCAAGUUCGAGAAGACGGGGUUCUCGGGAGCAGUGAAUUUCUACCGCAAUCUCGACCGGAACUAUGAGCUACUAGGGCCAUGGAUAGGGAGCAAGAUCACUGUGCCGACAAAAUUCAUAGUCGGGGAUCUAGAUCUCGUUUACCACAGGCCCGGCAUGAAGGAAUAUAUCAACGGUCCUCAAUUCAAAGAAGACGUACCAUUGCUGGAGCCGCCGGUGAUUAUGGAGGGAGUGGCUCAUUGGAUUAACCAAGAGAAACCGGACGAGAUCCUUCACCACAUCACCGACUUCAUCAACAAGUUCUGAAAACCGACGCAAUAUCUCGAUCUCGGUUUUAUUAAACCACCGGUUGAACCGUCUGGUAUAUAUGCCGGUUCUUAUAACAAGGAUGGGGUAUUGUAUUUCUAAAUAUAUGAUUUUACUGCUUACUUCAAUUGCAAUAUUUAUAUAUAUAUAUACAUAUAUCAUCAUAUUA